UUUGAGCUCCAGUUAGAUAUGAAGACGUGGCAACAACGGACGUAACAUGGAACACAAAGGGACGAACAGGCAACACAUAGUGAUGGCCAGUUAACAAGAAAAUGGUUCUGAACCAGAUGACAAUCAUAGUAAUGCGCACAGAAACAUUGGCCACACCUUUUCCUGGGAGAUUUGCUACGCUUUAUGACGCACUCCACGCAAUCCAGGGAGCUUUCAUGAAAAUGUUACAGGCAGAGGAACAGGAAAAUAGAACGCUUAUUUCGUGAGCAGUCAACAACCGUUUCGAGAUAGAGCUACAGGCAUCAAAGACAGAAUUAAAUACUAGGUAACAUGACUUGGGGUUGUCUGUGAGACAAAGACGGGAGUAAAAUGGCGUCCGGAGACCUACACUCUUUUCACCUCCUGUACGGGUGGCCAUUUCCAUCGUCUUCGUCUUCUCCUUCGCCGCCAUCUUCACCUCCCGGCUUUCCUUUACCAUCUCCACCACCAUCCUUUCCGUCACCAUCUCCACCACCAUCCUUUCCGUCGCCAUCGCCACCAUCGCCGCUUUCACCGCUAUCGCCAUCAUCUCCGCUAUCAUCUCCGCCAUCAUCUCCGCUGUCGCUACCGUCAUCUCCACUGUCAUCACCAUCAUCAUCUCCACUGUCAUCACUACCAUCUCCGCUGUCAUCCCCUUCGUGAUCUCCGCCAUCAUCUCCGCUGUCGCUACCGUCAUCUCCGCUGUCAUCACUAUCAUCAUCUCCGUUGUCGCUGUCAUCAUCUCCACUGUCACUGUCAUCAUCAUCUCCGCCGCCGCCGCCGCCCUUGCCGCUGCCGCCCUUGCCGCUGCCGCCCUUGCCGCCGUCGCCGCCGUCGCCGCCGUCGCCGCCGUCCUCGCCGCCAUCAUCUCCGCCGUCCUCGCCGCCGUCGCCGCCGUCGCCGCCGUCGCCGCCGUCGCCGCCGUCGCCGCCGUCGCCGCCGUCCUCGCCGCCGUCACCGCCGUCGCCGCCGUCCUCGCCGCCAUCCUCUCCGCCGUCCUCUCCGCCGUCCUCUCCGCCAUCCUCUCCACCGUCCUCGCCGCCGUCCCCUCCGCCACCUUUGCCGCCACCUCCGUUAUUGCCGCCAUCUCCGCUGUCGCUACUGUCAUCUCCGCUGUCGCUACCAUCAUCUCCGCUGUCGCUACCAUCAUCUCCGUUGUCGCCACCAUCAUCAUCUCCGCUGUCGCUGCCAUCAUCCGAGUCAUCAUCACCAUUUCCGCUGUCACUGCCAUCAUCGCCAUUGCUGUCACCGCUAUCACCACCGCUGUCGCUGCCAUCUUCACCAGAAUCUUCGCCAGACGCGUCCGAACCGCUGCUAUCACCGCCGCCGCCGCCACCGCCGCCCUUGCCGCCCCCGGAGCUCACCGCGGGGCCGGCGUGCGCGGCGGAGGCCGCAUCGUCGUCACCACCCCCUAGAUCGUCGGAGGCACAGUUGCUCAGGGGGCCAUUGGGCCUGGCCAUGGCCACCACGACCAUCAGCGUGAGGGUGAUCAGCACCUGCGGGACAAAUACAUGGACACUGUUCUGUGGCGUCGAGCUGGCAGCGAGCUUUCAGAGGAUGAUAUACGAGAGGCCAAACCAGGCAACAGUCCUGUCAAAAUCCUUCAUGAUAACAUGGCGGAACAUCCCGGGAGACGUGCUUAGUUUGAACAGCCUUGUCACCGCUCUUUAG